UGAGAAUGAUAAGAGCUGAACAGAUUCCCGGUGUGAGGAGAGCAGGCUAGUGGGUGGAGUUGCCUGAUUUAGCAAGUAAAAAUCCAGGACUCUCAGUUAAAUUUGAAUUUGAAUAUAAAAUCAACAAUUAUUUUGUAGCAUAAGUAUGGCCCGUACAAUAUUUGUGAUUUAUGCAUACAAGAAAUGUAUUCGUUAUUGAUGUGAUAUUCAAGUGUAACUGGAUGUUCUGUGUUGGACCAGAAAACCCUAACACCGGGGCAGAUGGAAGCAGGGCCUGUGCAGGAAUUCCAGGAGGCCGGAAAGGGUCUUGUUGGUAGCAAAAGUGUGAGGAGAGACCCCAGCAAAAUGGCCCAUUUGGUGCACUUUGCCAGAAAAUAACGCUGGGAAGACGAACUUGGCUCUUCUACGUCUUUCACCUCCUACCAGGGCAUCCCAGGGAAGGCUUACCCGCCUCUUCCAAUCCUCUGGAGACGGCGCCCAUUCUCUUGGGAGCCCAAUCGUGGACGUGGGUUAGACUAGCUUCCCUCGACAGACGCCCAGAGAGGCUGCAGUAAAAUUAAAACCCUCUGGCUGGUCGGCACAUAACCCCGCCUUCCGCCCCCCAUAGGGGUGGAGCCUGAGCGACUAGCAGCUAGCUGCACUUUCUCCCCGGAUGACGAGUGGCUGGAUAACAUGGAGUCCGGCAAGAUGGCGCCUCCCAAGAAUGCUCCGAGAGAUGCCUUGGUGAUGGCACAGAUCCUGAAGGAUAUGGGAAUCACGGAGUAUGAACCAAGGGUUAUAAAUCAAAUGUUGGAAUUCGCUUUCCGAUAUGUGACUACAAUUCUGGAUGAUGCAAAAAUUUAUUCAAGCCAUGCUAAGAAACCUAAUGUUGAUGCAGAUGAUGUGAGACUGGCAAUCCAGUGCCGUGCUGAUCGAUCUUUUACCUCUCCUCCCCCAAGAGAUUUUUUAUUAGAUAUUGCAAGGCAGAAAAAUCAAACCCCUCUUCCACUGAUUAAGCCAUAUGCGGGACCCAGACUGCCACCUGAUAGAUACUGCUUAACAGCUCCAAAUUAUAGGCUGAAGUCCUUAAUUAAAAAGGGACCUAACCAAGGAAGAGUAGUUCCACGGUUAAGUGUUGGUGCUGUUAGUAGCAGACCUACCACUCCUACUAUAGCAACCCCACAAACAGUAUCUGUCCCCAAUAAAGUUGCAACUCCAGUGUCAGUGGCAAGCCAAAGAUUUACCGUGCAGAUUCCACCUUCUCAGACUACACCUGUCAAACCAGUUCCUGCUACAACUGCAGUACAAAAUGUUCUGAUUAAUCCUUCAAUGAUUGGACCCAAAAAUAUUCUUAUUACUACCAACAUGGUUUCAUCACAGAACAUGACCAAUGAGCCAAACCCACUGAAGAGAAAACAUGAAGAUGAUGACAGCAGUGACACUCUGUAAGGAUAUAGUCUAGCUGCAUUUCAAAAGUAUAAUUGGUUUUGAACCCAGUCUACUGAACUAGAACAUUAUAGAUCUCAAGUUUUAUUUUAAACAAAUGUAGCUGCAUAUUUUUCACGUUAGUUAAAACUGUUAAGAUUCCUUUUUAGUAAAAGCACAAAUGUUUAUUAGACUUAAUGUACAAAAGGUUAAGUACUUGUUUCUUAAUAGUUUCAUUAAUCUUGAGUCCUACUAUGACACUUCUAUUUUUUGAUGCAGGUUUCUGCCAUGUAUCACUGAUAGCAGCACUUAAAAUUUGUUUCUACAGCCUGAUCAGUGGACUGAUCAAUAAAAACAUAAUUUAUAAGCUCCAUUUAAAUAUUUUAGGUAAGAUAGUCAUGUUUCCUGUCACUAGCUUUUGACCAAAUCUCUCACCUUAGAAAACAUUUUUUGAAAAGGAUGGAUUUAGAGGAAUUCUAAAUCCAUUUUGAAUGUAUUUAAGUUGGUUAUUGGUCUUCCCUAACUUCCCACCUCAACUCCCUUUCUAGAUCCCAUUUUCUGCACUCCCCUAUAAGCUUAAGUUUCUCCCUAUUGCUCUUAAAUUUAAAAGGCCAUAACUGGAAUUUUAAAACUGUCAUUCCUGAUAACACAACGCAAUUUCAUUUAUAUAUAUACUUAUAUUAUCACUAUGUCACCCUUGGUAGAGUGCCGUGGCGUCACAGCUCACAGCAACCUCAAACUCUUGGGCUUAAGUGAUUCUCUUGCCUCAUCUUCCCAAGUAGCUGGGACUACAGGCACCUGCCACAAUGCCCGGCUGUUUUUGUUGUUGUUGUAGUUGUCAUUGUUGUUUGGCAGGCCCAAGCCAGGUUCAAACCCGCCAGCCCUGAUGUAUGUGACCGGCACCCUAGCCGCUGAGCUACAGGUGCCAAGCCUCAUUUUUAUAUUUUUAAAAUGUGCUUUAUAUGCCUGAUGUUCUGUGGUUCACUUUAACCUGAGAAUUUGCAUUUGCUUUUUUUCACUUCAUACCAGGGCAGUUGGGUUUUAUCCCUUGCCUUUUCUGCCUGUUCAGCUUUAGGUGCUUUUGAUAGGUAGGUUUAGGUCAGCUACAUUCAGUUUCAGUCUUGUAUUCAAAGUUUAUAACUCUUAUCAUAUUUCACAUUUAUUUUUUUUUAUUUAUUUUUAUUAAACCAUAGCUGUGUACAUUAGUAUGAUCGUGGAUCAUACUAAUGUACACAGCUAUGGUUUAAUAUUCUAAAUUUAACAGACACUAUAGCAUAAAAUCUGCUUUGAUAAACAUUUACUCCGGGCUUCGGCAAAACCACUGAAAAGCAAGUGUUUUCUUCCCUUUCUACUGCAUGCAUAUGUUUUAAUCACCACUUCUUAGACCCUCCUAAUGGGUAAUUCAGGUUAUUCUUUCUAGCUUGUUGCUGAGAUGUCACACAUAAGAUGGAGAUCAAACCUAAAAGUAAACACUAAUGGUUCUCCAUCCUCUUCAAGGCCAACAAAAGGAAACAAAUUACUGUGACGUGACUUGCAUUUAGGUACAUUCUACAUAGUUUUCCCAGUAAUGUAGUAAUAUUGCCAAACAUAUUUCCCUAUUUUCCAUUUAUGCAUGUCUAAAAAUAUUAUUGGGAAAGACUGCAAACCUUUUGAGAGUAUAAAGACCUAUUUUGUUUCUGUUCAAGUUCAACAUACUUUUGCAGAAUUUUCUAAAAUAAAUGUUCACAUCAUAAUUUAGAAUUUGUAGCCAGGGAUCAUCAAAACUUAAUUAUGUUUCAUCUUAGGAUGGUGCUUUGAUACAUCUGAGAAAUAGUCCAGUAACAGGCAAGAAACGUCUCAUCACAGUUUGAGUGUUUUUGGAUAUUAGAAAAAGGCAAUGUGGGCGGCGCCUGUGGCUCAAGGAGUAGGGUGCCGGUCCCAUAUGCUGGAGGUGACGGGUUCAAACCCAGCCCCGGCCAAAAACCACAAACAAAAAAAAAAAGAAAAAGGCAAUGUAACUUGUGAAAAAACAGAUCUGACCAACAUCAGAGGAGAAAAUUUUUCAUUAUAUAGAAUAGGAUAUUGUUACUUGAAUGUUCUCAGGGAGGCAGCAUGUCAGAUGGCCUAGGUUCUAGUCUUGGCUCCAUCAUUUACCACCUGUGUGACCUUACUUACCUCUUAGCCUUGUUCUCCUCACUAGUAAUAGGAAAAUAACACCUACCCUGCCUACCUCACAGGGAUGUUGUGAGGAUUUAAUUGGCACAAAUGAAAAUUCUUUUAAAAUUGUAAAAUGCUAUGUAACUUUAAGGAAUUAUUAUUAAUGUAUUUGUUCCAAGGUUAUUAAUAAAAAUUUGGGUUUA